CCUGGCUUUUUUUUCUCCAUAUAGACGGGGUUUCCUUCUUCCAUUUGCACUUCAUACUGUUUCCAUUCCCUCCAAUCUUCUAUGAGCCUACCGACCUGAAGCACCAUCGGUUCGCCCAAUCACCAUGCCGACCCUCGAUGUAAGCGAGCUCAACAUCGUGAUAGCCGUCCUCGGAGGCUACACUGUCCUCUAUGGCAUCAUAUCCGUCAAGCUCAAGCAAAAAUGGUAUCUCGGCGAAGCACUGCCAGCCGUCGUCGCUGGGAUUGCCUUGGGGCCGAUCGCUGCAAAGUUCAUCGACUCUGAACGUUGGGGCGUAGCGACGGCCGGCCAGACGCCUGACAUCACUCUGGGACUCACCCGCGUCGUGAUUGGCAUCCAACUGGUGAUGGCGGGAUACCAGUUGCCAGCAAAGUACGUCUGGAAUCGGUGGAAGGACAUGGCUCUCUUGCUCAUCCCCGUGAUGACCAUCAUGUGGCUGUGCACUACCGGUUGCAUCAUGCUCAUGAUACCAAAGCUCACCCUGCUCACGGCGAUGGUGAUUGGUUCGCUCGUCACCUCUACCGAUCCAGUCCUCUCGCAGGCGAUUGCCAAGGGGCCUUUUGCAGACAAGUAUGUGCCUCGAGCACUGCGCGAGAUCAUAUCUGCCGAGGCAGGAUCGAACGACGGAUUCGGCUUCCCGUUCCUCUUGUUGGCGACGUUCCUCAUCCGCCAUGCUGACGAUCCCAAUCUGAAGCCCGGCAUUGCGGAAAACGACAUUGCGCAUAGAUCCCUCGUCCCCCGCGCUGGUAAUGUGGGACGUCUGGGUGGCGGGGCAGGAAAGGCGGUCGAGCUCUGGCUGGUCGAGGGUUGGCUCUACUUUAUCCUGCUCGGCGCUGUCGUCGGUGCCGUGUGCGGAAUCGCGAGCAUGUAUGCAGUGAGCUUCUCGCUGAAAAGAAAAUGGAUCGACAGCGAGAGCCUGUUGCUCUUUCCCACUGCCCUCGGCCUGUUUGUCAUCGGCAUUACCGGAUGCACAGGUCUUGAUGACUUGCUGGCUUGUUUCUGUGCAGGUGCAGCCUUGAACUGGAACGGCGAAUACCUCGCAGAGACGCUGAAGCGCCACGACGAAGUGAACAGCUGCAUCGACGUCCUCUUAAACUUUGGCGGGUUCAUGUACAUUGGAAUGAUUAUUCCAUGGGCCGAGUUCCACCAACCUGAUGUCACUGGAAUUACCAUCGGCAGACUGCUCAGUAUGGGCCUGCUUGUUUUACUUUUGAGACGCAUCCCGGCAGUCAUGGUCAUGUUCAAGUUCAUGCCAAACACUGUCAAGACCUGGAAGGAGGCCUUGUUCAUGGGAUAUUUCGGCCCAAUAGGCAUCGGCGCGGUGUUCUAUGUCGAGCAUGCCUUCCACCUCUUUCCCCACCUAGAGGACGCCGAAACCGAAGAAGAGGAGAAUCUGCUUCGCGCCAUGCGUCCGGUAGUCUACUUCCUUGUCCUCUUCUCCAUCGUCGUUCACGGACUCUCCAUCCCCCUGCUCGACGUCAUCUAUCGCUGGCAGAAUGUGCAACCCAUCAUCGAGGAAGAUCCAGUCGAAACGCGCCCGAUCAGCAGCAGGUCCGCUCUUCCAAACAACGCGUUCUUGGAUCCGCGUCGGGGCAGCGUCGUCCGACACAACAGAUUCUCGCGAGCUCCCUCCGUCGUCAGCUUCGAGGACUUGGAGCGCACGUAUGGACAGAACGACCAGUGGCCGGGUUCGAGGCCGCCGCCUACCCUUUCGCUAUCUAGGAGCAGGAGGCAGUCGUUCAGCAACGAGUCGGACCAUUCAAGUGAUCAUGUCGAAAGCGAGAAACAGCAUGCGAAGAGUCUGUACGAAAGGGAACGGUCGCUGUCGAUAAAUCCCCGCCCCAGCGAGAGUGGCUUGACGUGGGCUGAUGCUAGGAAGCCCGGUGUCGGAGUGGGUCAUAUCUGA